GCUCUGUCCAGGUGCGCAUCUCACUCAUCCUCCUCUCUUCAGUGACAUCUCCUCAGCUCAGCUGUGUAGAAAGCCAAGAUGGGCAGCACUCGGGCUGAGAAGUGCGUGACAGACAUCAUCAACCUGUUUCACAAAUACUCAGGCUGCGAUGACACCAUCGAGAAGCCGGACCUGCUGAGGCUUCUGAAGGAGGAGUUCCCCAACUUCCUCUGUGCCUGUGAGCAAAGGGGCAAGGAUUACUUGUGCACGGUCUUUGAGAAAAAGGACAAGAAUAAGGACAAGAGGAUUGAGUUUUCCGAGUUCCUGUCCUUGCUGGGGGACAUAGCCACAGACUACCACAAACACAGCCACGGAGCGCCACUCUGUUCUGGAGGAAAUCAGUGAGCCCAGCGGCCUCUAGACAACGCACAAAACAAUAAAGUGUCUUUGCUCACCA